UCUCAUUCUGACGGCACCCAUUCACUACAGAAGAUAAUGAAAAUUCACAAUCAUAAGGUAUUCCACCAAAUUCAGCAUGUUAAUGGUGUUAACUGCAUUUGCAUAGAUGGUUGGCAAACUGUAGAUUGUGGGUGAUCUGUAGCUUUCAAAAGUUGAAAAGACGACAGACUUACUAGAAAAUAUGUAAAGGCUUAAUUAUUAACAUUUCUUUGAGUCCAAACGUGAUCAAAACUGAUUAUUUGAUUAUUUGUGACCAUACAAAGAUAGAUUUUCAAAACAAAACUCAUGAUGUCAUCAUUACUCAGACACAUGGUUUGGCCGUAGAUUACACAACCACCAUUCACACCAGUGUUUACUACGGAUUAUCCAUCCAUAUCCUGUUGCUUGUAAAUGAUACAGGAAUGCAGCUAUCUGCACAUAAUCAUCAACAGGUGAAGUGGUGUUGUGUUCUGACAUUAUAUCUUAAUGGGAAGUAGAAAGCAUGCUAGUGGCCUGGCGAUUUUCCUGCUGUGUAAUGGAAGCGUUGUUGGAUAGAUGUGAGCCGAGGGGUAUCGUUUACUCCAUGCUUAGAAACCAGGACAGUCGAACCCAUGGGGCAUAGUCCACUUUGUUGUCCCUGUUGUAGUCUAUGGACCUGAAUUACGUUGUGUAUGGAGCUUUUACCAAGAGUCCUACAAUUAUGGACCAUUAACAUGUAACUGGCAUGACCAUUAAGCUUCCAAUUUAAAUGUAUUCAUAGAUUCUGUUUACCGUAAUACAAAAAAUUACAAUAUUGUUAUAUUUGCCUUUAAUUUGUAAUAGCUAAUAGUUACAGUAACUUUAUUCAUAGGAAUUACAAAAACUGAAAUGAGAGCUGGGCAUGUGGCACAAAAUUCACACAUAUAUGGGCUUCAUAAAACUGUUUGUUAACCUUGCUAAUCUUUUAACUUCUGUCAUGGCCAUUAGGCUGGUAAAACCCAUAACUUUAUGUAGUGUACACACAGAAUAAUCUAUAAACAUAUAACCAGGCAUUCAUCUGUGUGAUGUAGUUUCUCCUGUAAGGCUGUUGAUUGAUUUGUGGAAUUGUUAUUGAUUAGUGAGGAAUUUAGCAUUGCAUACCAAACUGCAUGUGACCAGAUUCCAAGAAGAUGAGAAACUACAAUACUGUGACCGGAGUGAUGCAGAGAACAUGGAAAUAGCUUCUGACAUAACCAUUUGUGUCCAUGUUGGAACAACCCAUCCCAUCUAGUCACCAUGCAAUAUAACAUAUCAUACAAAGUAGUUCAUGCAAUCUAUGCGCCGUUUUCCAACUGCCACUAUUUCAUGAUAACCAAGAGUUUUUUGUAAGGGAUUUAUUGCAGCUGCAACACAUUUUGUGUCACAUGGUAGAAAGACAGUCAUAUUGAAUUGGAAUUAAACAUGAUUUAAGUGAACAAUGGCGCAAUAUUUCUUAAUACACGAAAUAAGACAUAAUUAAAAGACAAAAUAUCUGCAGUGUUGAAUAUUGAUUCCAAAUGAAGAAUAGAUUGGCAGCCCAGGACUUAUUCACACCGUCUAAAUAAAGCAGGGUAAUCAGGAGCUGGAAAUAGGAUUGUGGGAUGCGGUGAUUAUCUGUCUGUCGCACACUACGCUCACAGAAAAACCAGCGACACUAUUUAUUUCUCCCAGCUCUGCCUUUGCAUCUGCAUGAGAGAGCGCUGGUGUUCGGUGUGUUGAAGGCAGCCUGGGGCAGACAGCAGCUAAUUGAGUCUGCCAUGCUGACACUGAUGCUGAAGCCGGGGCACAGUUAGGAGUUACAUUCAGAAGUCAAUAGGCGAAGGUGACGCUCGCACAAACGGGAUUAAUCUAUAUCUGCAACUGUUUUAACCAGGUCAUGUCACACCGGGACUUUUAAUGGCAUUACAGAAGUCCCCUGUACUCUCAGAGGAUGACAGUGAGCUGAAAAGCGAGAGAAGCCUGAAGACUGUGAGUUUUUUCGAUUCUGUGAGUCUGAUAUCCAGUGGUGAGAGCAGUAUGGAGCUUGAAACUCAGACCAACUCUCAGCAAAGUUAUGAGAGCAGUGGACAGAACAUAGUGAGAGAUGGAAGAGAAGGAAUGGACAGCGAAGUUGCCAAGGAAAUCCUUUACCUGGAUGAGGUCCUUGAGGCCAACUGUUGUGAUGCCAGGGCAGAAAUGACUUCAAAUGGGACAAGUUCCCCUGAUAUUAAGUCAAUUCAAGUUCAUGGAACUGGACCAUCUGUGCGUACUUGUGACACAUCUCCCUUAUACAACCAUGAAGUUGUUUUAGAAGGAAAAAAACAGACCACUUUUGUUGAUGACAACUUCAACACCAAACCCAAUGGUCAUACAAUGGACUGCACAAGGUCACCUGAGUCACCUAGGACAGCAAUCAAGAAAGAGGCCCGUUUUGAGCUCCGACCAUUUCAUGAAGAGAAGAAACCUUCGAAACUAUUCGACACCCCAACUAAGAAAGAAGUUCGGGUGAAGAAAAUCAGACCCUCGGAGGAGAUUGAAGAGCUAGAGAGGGAAAGGCUGGAACUCAUCCGGGGUCAAGCAGUCAAGAAGAAUCCUGGAAUUGCAGCAAAAUGGUGGAACCCACCUCAGGAAAAGACACUGGAAGAGGAGCUAGAGCCAGAGCAACUGGAGUCGCUUCGAAGAUAUGAGGAGAGGAAGCAGAUGAGAACAGACGUCAACCUUAUGCCUCAAGCUGCACCCAGACAGACAACCUUCUUUACCCAACCUGAAAUAGAAAAUAAGGAGGAUGUUGUCAUGGAAGAGAUUGACUUUUCUGCUGCACGCAAGCAAUUUUUGCAGAUUGAACAUAGCAAGCAGCCCACAGCCCCUAAGAGGAAUGUGGCACCACAGCUUUACUCUGCCAAACCUUUCUCCAGGACUUCAGAGGUCACACAUGUAGAGAGGCCAUGCGGUUCUGUUACAGUUGCCAAUCAAGAAGGGGUCACAUCCUACAAUGGAAGUGAAGUUUCUACAGUCAAAGCUGAAAAGAUUUACUGCUACUCUGAAGAAUCUGCCAUGCCACCCAAAGAAAAUUUGGCUCAGAAUGAGUUGAAAGAUGAUGAAUUUACUUGUGCCCGGGCAGUGAUGACCAUUGUGAAGGAAGAGGACUCUGAUUUGUGUCAACGCUCUUUGAACAGCUCUUACCAUAUGGAAGAAAUCGACUCCGGAUUAGAUGACCUAUCCCUUCGAUCUCAGGACACCACUGUACUUGAGUCGCUCUCCAAUGACUUCAGUAUGGACAACAUAAGCGACAGUGGUGCAUCAAAUGAGACCAUGAGUGCCUAUUUGGAAAACUCUCUUGGGGAAUACUCUUUUCCCUCAACUCCAAUGGCCACUACACCAAUCAAUGGAAAACAUGAAAGUGGAAUCAAAUCUCCAAGUGAACAGAGUGGGUCUUAUCAGGCAGAUGGCUUGACGGAAGAAGAGCUGGAAUACCAUGCAGGUAUUCUUGUCCAAAACGCUAUCCAACAAGCCAUUGCUCAACAGAAUGACAAAUGGGAGCCUUUACAGGCCACACAACAUUCAUCCCCCAUUCCUGAGAGACAUGUGGAAAGUAUUGAACCACAACCCCAACCUUUAGUGGAGAGAUCUGCUGCAACGCCACCUCCCAAAGUGCCAUCCCCCCUGGAGGAGAAGAAAACAAUUGCUCCUCAGAUAACUGUAGUUCAAGCUGCCCCGGUUAUCCCAGUGAACACUUACAAACCUCCCAGUCCCUCUCCACCAGCAAGUGAGAAACCAGAAUUCAGCUAUUUCAGUAAGUACUCUGAAGCAGCAGAGCUCAGGAGCACCGCAGCUGUCACUCGUUCUCAGGAAACAGAGGUCACCUCAGGACCGUUCAAACUGCGCUCACGCAAACAGAGAACCCUGUCCAUGAUCGAAGAGGAGAUUCGGGCGGCCCAAGAGCGUGAGGAAGAAUUGAAGAGACAACGACAGGCACAAACAUUGCACCUGCCCCGUACACAGAAGCUAAAGUCCGGCACCCAGCCGAACAAACUGGUCCUUGCUGGGAAGACAGCACCAGGUAAGAUAGAGAAGGUUCGUCCAGUUCCUCCAGCAUCGCCGUGCUCUUCAGAUGGAGCUCUGCCCUCGCCGCUGUCUGAUCUGGGCAGUGAUGAUUCUGGAGGACAGCGACCCAAAAACUUCAUGCAGACUUUGAUGGAGGACUACGAGACACACAAGGUCAAGCGCCGGGAGAAAUCUGAGGACAACAGUUAUGUCCGCUCAGUUACAACUGAGGUUCUGGAGGCAACGCGUGUCACUCGCAGAAAAAGUAACAUGGCCAUCCGGUGGGAGGCGGGAAUCUACGCCAACCAGGAAGAGGCUGAGGAAGAGGAGGAGGAGGAGGAGGAGGAGGAGGAAGAGGAAGAGUAAACUACAUUUCCAUUGUAUCCCAAAAAGAAGGAAAAAAGAGAGAAAACCCAGAGGGAAAAUGUGCAACGGGACAAACACAAGUAUUUAUUGGGAAGUCAAACCCCAACAGCAAUUCACACCUCUCUGAAGAUUUGUUUCAGGAGACUAUGGAAAAAAAAACCCCCCGAAGACUACAGACACUAUACCGCUUCACACUUUCACGACCAAGUUAUUGCUUUUUCUUUUGUGCUGAUACGCUUUGAGAAAUUUUGAUUUUGAUUUUUUUUUUGAGACUUUUGUCAUUUAUGAUUAGUGUGAAGAUCACAUUGCAUUUGAAUUCACUAAGGCUAAGGAGAACUUGGAAAAGAAUGGAAAAUAUGGGAUAAUAUGCUGUUAUUAGUAGACGGAGCUCAGAUGUAGAUAAUAGUGUGACAACUGAUUUGUAGCUAGAUUAUUGACAUUUCGACUGUGCCAUGUAUAUGAACUCAGUCCUGAGCCCAUUCAGAAAGCAGAACUACAUAAAUGUGUCUUGCAGUCUCCCAAACUCUCAUUAUUUUCCCUGUUAAUCACAUGAUCUCAGUUGCAGGCUGUAGGGAUAGGAAGACAAAUCAUUCUCCUCACUUUGCCAUAUACAGUUCAGAGCGAAACUUUAAUGAGGAGGACAAACGAAAGUAGGGCACAGAUGUUCACACCCUUGAAAGAUGUUGUGAGGUUUGUGAGAACAGACCGAUAUAACAAUAACUCCAAGCAGAAGAGGAAGAAGCGGUAAGAACCUGCUGAGGUGGCAAUGGCUCGGCUUUCUCCAUUGACGAAAGACAGGAAACGCGUGUGAAAUUUAACUUUAGGAUGUUGUUGCUGGUGGAUGGAGGUAUACUGUAAUGCAGAACAUUUAAUGGCUGAUGUAGAUGAUUUGGGAAUGUUUAUGUUGUGUUAUGUGUAGCGCAGGAGAGCAAAAAUUAUGGAAAGAGCAUGAUAUGUAUUCACUGAAUCGCUUGGUUUUUCCUUUAAUCUUAAUUUAAAAGGUUGAAUAUUUCUCUUUGCAUUCUCCUUUGGCGUUUUUGAAGCCAUUAUAAACAGAAAUUGUUAAUGGUAUUGCAAACACUUUAUUGAUUCAUAUGUACACAUGAAAUGUUGGAAUGGUUUAUUCUUUGUUCACAUUAUUUUAAAAUAUAGAUGUUAUAUAUAGGACACUGACAUCAGCGAUGGACGUCCAGAGACGAAGUGGACAAAUACAUGGACAAAUCUUUCAUCUUUCACUUCUCAUUUUUGCCUUUGGUUGGAUGCGUUCUUCAAACCACAAACAAAGAGGAUCCUACAAGCUUCAUUCAACAAUGUGGCUUUGUUAUUUUUUGUACCCUCCACAUAUAAUAUAUAUAUUACACAAAAGUAUUUAAUGGACUGCUGUCCUUUUAUGAGUAUACAUGAAGUAUUUGUAGUCUCUCGAUAUAUAUUGCAUAGGUUCUCAAGUUGCAGGCAAAAUAAAAAAUACAGUUAUGCAUUGUUAUACCAUCUAGAAAGAUACAAAUGCGUGUUUUGUGGAGAGGUUGCGUUGACUUUAUUUAAUGGAUGGAAACAGAUACGUGUUGAUCUCUGGAUCCUGACUUUCUGGAGUGUUUGUUUGUGUUGAUGCUUGAUGUGAGAUUGUGUGAUGACCAUCAGUUUUACUCAGAGCAGGGUAUUGGGUUUUUACUUGGAUUCUUUGAUAUGAGCUGAUUAAUGUUGGUGAGCAAAUAAUUUGAAUUUUAUAAGUGGAAAAUAUUUGUAUUUGAACAGUGUUCCUGUUUCGACUGGUGUUUAGUGCUAUUACAGCACAUUUAUUCAUAUAUAUACUGCGUUGUGUGUAUUUGAGGGCCAAGUGUGCUAUACUAUAUGCAGUUUUCAUAAGUUUGUGUAGGUGCUAACAUAAUUAGCACAGAUUGAGUAGUUAAAGUUUUGACUGUGAUGCUGUUGGGUUUUGCAUCAUGAAAUGUGCAGCGUUCAAAUGAAACGUAAAGCCAGCUUAUAGUUUUCCUAAAGAUGGCAUGCUUUUGUAUUAUAAUGUAUGAGAUAUGGACAAAAAAAAGGUUGUUUUUACCUCAAAAAGCUAAAUUAUAAGAAAUAAGCCAAAGUUCAAAUCUGUUAUAUAGGUAGGCUAUUAGGAUUCCUAUGGCAUAGGAAGGUGGCCAAAUUGCUUUUAACACAGACUACCAGAGGAAAAGGGAACCGUUAGAAAUGGAGCAGUCUUGCAGUUGUCGAUGAGUUAAAGCAUUAUGGCAAAAGUAUGAGCCUUUCUCUUGGACAUCAGGGAACAGCAGACGAGAAUUGCGACCACGUUAGUGAAAUUUCGCUAAAACAUUAAUUGUCUAUUGUCAUGAAGCACAAUCAAGCAGCUUUCUGUUGGUUCACCACGACGAAUGCGAAGUUUCUAAAUUGGAAAUUGGGAAAUUUUAAUGCGUAUAUUCCUAUUUAAAUAACUGCAUUUCUCCCAUAAAAUCCUCCGAAACACAUGUAAUGUUGAGAAAUUUCGCGGCUGAUGUACAGAUGUUGACAUAUAAUAACUGGGAUUCAAGUCUUCGCGUGAAGGCGAAAAAGUUUUAGUUCGUGUUUCAAUAAGGCAUGGGCAUCGUGACGUCAUUACUUGGCAUAGCCGCCAUGUUGAUGGCCUCCUUUACCGCUACUUGGACUACAGCGCAGUGUUUAGACGUACUCCCUCUCAGCCGUGUGUCUUAAUUUGAUUCAUUAAAAAUCUAUUGUGGGGUGUAAUAGUGCAACACAUAAUCGCCAUGGGAAAAAAAUGAGAAUGGAUUAGCUUACCUGCUUGGAGGCGUGACCGCGGAGACCAUAACAUCUGAAUAAUAAUUUAUAUCGCUUAAGUCAACAUCGAACAUUGAAAAAAAGGGAAAUUACCCUGGUUACUCAUCCAAAAUACGGGAUUUUUUUUACAUUCAUAUUUCUGUUGUAACGUUACAACAAAAUGGCCGCAUUAACUAAGCGAGUUGUGAAGCUAGGUCUGACGUGACUUUGCUGACGGAUUGGUGUGAAAUCGUGCUCUCACAACGCUAACUUAAAAAGCCCAACAUCACACUAAGGUUGCUUUCAAGUAAGUAAAACGAGGCUUUGAAAACAUGUAUCACUGGAAGGGCAAGGGGGUAGCAACAGGACAACAGCACAAAGACUGAAAAGUCUGAUGGAGGGGCUAACGGGAUAUUUUACAGAAAAAUACUGAAACGGGAAGACAGCGGGAAAAGAGCUCAAAUACAUGAGAACCCCAGAAAAAAACGGGAGGGUUGACAGCUACUAACUACACUUUUGAACCACAUAGUUAAAAGUACAUUUGUGGCAUUCCUUUUUAGUGUAUCCCUGUAAAUCCCACAUCCUUUUAGCGAUUUUAACAUAUUUUUUCUUCCUCCCAAUUCUGCUUCUUCUCAUUCGACUUGCUGUAUGUUUACAUUCGCGAGGCCAUCAACAUGGCCGCCACGUCCCAGAAUGCAACACGGCGCCCAAGCCCUAUUGGUCACGUGAUUCGUCCCAUUACAGACACAAAGCUGUUGGAUUAAAGCAGGGUUGCCAAGUCCACAGUCUACCUGGGUUGUCAGUGAUUGUUUUAUUUUUUUAGUCCAGGGCUGCCCGGGAACGCGGUUUUGAUUUUGGGCUGGUUUUGUUCCAUAGAUCUGGCAACCCAGUUUGAAAGCGACUUUGGACACACUACUGAAUUACCUUUAUGUCUGUGAAAUUUCACCAAAAUGUCGCUAAUGUGAUUGCUAAAGUUUUCAACUAUACUUUACACUUGUAGUCCAGCAUUUUCCUCGCCAGUGUCCCGUGUGCAUGACAACUACUGCGUCUGUUUCAAUAGCUUUUCAGUUUAUUUUAAGUUCCACAGAAGACAGUUUGUGCUUUUCAAUGAAAAAAUAUAUAUAUUGCCUUGAAAUCACAAGAAGUAUUGUUUUUUUCACAGUUUGAACCAAGUAAACAGUGUUUUUUAUCUUUAA